AUGAAUGCACCUUCUUGUUCUACUAGCACUGAACUGCACCAUCUCAAAACUACCCCUUUAGUGAAGGGAUUUACUGAUCAUAAAGAAUACAUUCCUUCCCCUUUUAAAAGAGUUUUGUUUUGGAAGGAAGACGGCCCAAUUGAAGUUAAGAAAAAAAGAAAAGAAAAAUUACCAGCCAUUGUUACUUCUCCACAAAUGUUGGAAUAUUUUAAUAAAAAAUUGAAUACCAAAAAGGAGAUGGAAAGACAAAAGGAAGAACGGAAAUUAGCUAGAGAAGAGAAAAAAGGAAUAUGGGACAAAAAAAAGGCAGAAUCUAAGCAAAAGACCAAAAAGGCUACAACUAGAAAGAAAAGAUUUCUCUCGUCUUCUUCAAGUUCUUCAAAUGAUUCUUCUACUCGGUUUUCUCUUCAAGAAUUUGACAUAUUAGAAACAUUAGAAAGUGAAGAUGAAGAGGACGUAUUAAUUGCCAAUAACAUGAAUUAA